UCUAAAUCUAAUAAGCAUCUGAGGAACAAAAGAAUGAUGAUCAUCACGAGAACAUCUAUCUUUGCUUUCCUACAGUUGCUAAUGAUUGAAUCAGCAGUAGGCCAGGCUCUGGUGAAGCCUGGUUGUAGAGAGUGUUGUGGGUCAGCAUUCCAUACCCCAUUGGAAUCGGAGCAGAUUGCUACGUGCACAAAGGGUUUGAGGUCUUCUGUGACAAAACUUCCAACCCUCGCACAACUUUACUAACCAGCAUGGAGACUGAGGUGCUGUAUUUCUCUCUUGAUCACAGCAUAGUUAAUGUCCAAAUACCAAUCAUCUCCCAACAGUGUUCUGUAAGUUUGAAAUUUUUGGAUUUCUUGGGAAAUCCUUUCAUGUCCUACAAAAGGAGAAUGUCGUUGCUCCCUGAGGGAUAUGUUCCAGCUGUGUUAGACUGGGUGAUUAUUGAUGA